CUCUGGGUUCUUGUUGGACAGCUCUGGCAGGGAAAUGCUCCCGCUGUGUCUUUUGUAUGUGCAAGUGGUCCAAACAAAAGCUUAGUGAGAAAUCUCUGGGAAGCCCAAGCUGUCGGGCAGGAAUGCUCCCUCUCUCUUGUGGCUCAGCGCUUGAGUCUUAAUCAGUCACCGGAGGGGCUGGUUGAGCUGGGGGCCUCCUAGACCCAGCAGGCGGACAGGAACUCACUCACUCCUGACCUUGCUUGCCUCAAUAAAAUCUAUUAGCUGAACACAGACGAGUAAAAAGCCGGUCAUUGUUGCUGAUGUGAUGCAGAUAAAUCAAACUAACUGCCCACUGUUUCCUCCUUAUGUAAUAUAUUUCUCAAGCCAGGGAAUGGCUGAAUAUUUACAUGUACAAGGGUUUUUUUUUCCAGUUUUUUAUUAUAAAUUGUUUAGAUUACAUGACAAAUAAGAAAACACAGGCAGAGGUUCUGAAGUAAAAGUGGAAGUUAUUUUUGUCCAGUAGAAAUAAUGGAAACAUAAGGGUGUGUGUGUUUCCCUCUAUAAGAAGGCGGAGUUUUCUCCCUGGGGUCCUGAGCCAAACUGGUGUUAUGUAACGGAUACGCUGCUUCUCAUCCUGAUGUGUGUCACCCGAAAGUUUACAAGCAGCGUGUCUGACAAAAUCUUUUCAGCGGCGCGUCUGCAGAUCGGUAGCGGGACAUUUUUAAGAAAAUUGGCCUUCAGAGCUGAUUUUUAGCCAAAGAACUGUCUUACACAACCAUAAACCUAAUUGAAAACUGACCUUAAACGCUGCCAAAGAUCAAGUCUUUGUUGGUUAAUGUUCAACUCUGGAAGCUCUCGGUGUGCCUGACGAGGAAUUUGGAAAUGGGACUUUGCAUUUAGGUUUUGAAAGCAGCCGGACGGACGGACAUGGGCAGCGGUACAAGCAGAGGGAAGAGAGUUGCACCUGCGUGUGUCAGCGAGGUGAACGUGGCCAAAACAGCUGCCGGUGGCACUUUACCCAAACAGGACAGCAGUCCGUUCAAGCCUCUCAAAGUCCAUGCAAUUUUGCGCAACGCGCGCAACCGUGCGCAACCGGACUGCCACAGCGAGGGGCACGACUCCGACUUUUCCAGGGAGGACGAGGACAUUGAUGGAGAGCUGGACACUGUUCUUGCUGAUUACGAGGAGCGAAGGAGAGUUUCUGUGAAGAAAAAUCCUCCAAAGAAGACCGUCAUCAGAUCCAAAACAUACGGACUCUGUCAUUUUAGUAAGGAAGACGACGAGGACUUCAGCUCCAGAGCCGAAGAGCCACGUGGCUCACACGGUGAAGCAAGAGAUGUAAACAAGAGGAGCAAUGAUGCUUUCACACACUUUAAAAAACACACACCUGCGUGCCCCAGUCAGCACAGUUCCUCCUCUCAAGGCUUUUUGACAAGAGGGGCUUUGUUGGAAGCUGUUCCCACAUCAGAAAAACAAUCGACUUUUGGCAGCUGCCACAGCUCCUCUCUCACCAUGCCAGUCAUCCCUUACGAUGGAUCAGAAGAGGAGCUGAUGGACACUAUUGAGAGAGAGUUUAGUUGACCCCCAGCUGAGAAUGCUGCAGCAAAGCUGCUGUCCUCUUCUGGUGUAUUCAUGGGAUACAGAAGUUUGCAGAAUAACAUUUUAAAGAGAGAAAGUGAACCAGGGUUUCUUUUGACAAUUUCCUGCUACUUAGGAAGGCUACAUUUGCUGUAUUUAAGCACUCCAGGCCUUUGCAUUUACCCAAGCCUUAUUUAACAUCAUGAAGCAAUGUAAUCGCAGUUAUAACACCAAGUUGAACAGGUGCCAGGAGAUUCUCCUCACAGCCCAGGUCUGUUUACCGACAGAAGCCUCCUUGGUUUAUCUGCAGUGGUAAGGUGUCACCCCCCCUCUCCAAUGCUGCCGGCUCCCACAGAGCACACACCUAGUUAUUUGUUACCUAUUACUUACUUUACUGUAACUUGUCUGUUAAUAGGUAAAGGAGAGAACACAUAUUGAUCUGGUUGCUGAAACUCAGCAGCUCUGCUAAAAUCUAGCAGUAAAGGCACAUUCUUGAGACCAUGUGCCCAUGCUAUAUAUAUAUAUAUAUAUAUAUAUAUAUAUAUAUAUAUAUUAUUUUCCACCAGCAGUUUUGUACAUGCAGUGCAGUGUAUAGUUUUUUAGUGGCAACCCUGCAAAGGUAUGAGCUGGGGUUGUUUAUUUAAGGUUUCCUUCCUGACCACAGUUCCUGCACUUCUCCACCCUUAUGAAGAAGGAAUGUGUGGCAGCAGAGACUUUCAGUCAGGCUCAGUUUGAUCCAGCUGCGUUUCUGCUAAUGACAAGAUUCAACCACAUUCAAACAUAAAGUCCUGCUGACACUUAGUGGUGAAACACAGAAGUUGUGCGCAUGAACACAUAUGUGAACAUUUAUGUGAAUACUGUAUGUGUCAACAAACUGCACUUGUCAUUGUUUAACGAAUUUCAACCAGAAAUGUAGAGGAAGAGUUUUGUCAUUUUGUUUUAUAUUGCAAAUAAAAAUGGACUUUUGCAGAA